UUCAUUCAUCGACGGCCAUGUUUUUCUUCAGAGAGUCGCCCUUUGCUAUUUAGGGAAGUGUUAAUUUUGGUCGUAAAAUAGUGAAUAAUGUUUUUUAUGAGUUAACAGUUAUAUAUUUUUCAUCAGUGUUAAGUGUAAUAUUCAUUAAUUAAUAAAAGUCUUGCCAAUCUUUGACUGAUGUGGAGGUAUCUUAGUUUCCUGUUUCGGUACCCCAAUCUAUUCUAAACAGAAAAUGGCCGACGGUGUUGGUGCGGUUGUCUCCUUUGUUUAGGCUGAAUUUCUAGUGAAUAUUAAGUGUUAAAGAAAUAAUGCCUAGUGCCUCGUUUUCAUCUUCGCGUUCUUACGUACGUAGAUCGCGAAGAAAAGGUGGACAUAGAAUACCAUUGCCAUCCAGGACACAAUCGAGUGAGCCAUGUGAAUCGGUACCUUGCCCAAAUAACGUGACGGGUAGCGCUAUGGCGGCGACAGCUUGCGCAGGGCCAAGCGGCAGUGGCGGUGGCGGGUCUCCGCCGGUGCCUGCCGCAGCCCCAGCCACCACGGCCGGCCAUCACAGCCCAUAUGACCUACGACGGAAGUCACCGCCGGCGUACCACGAGCCGGGCCCUUCUGGAACCUGCUCUUUACCCGCUAGAAAAAGACCGAGAACAUCGCUGUCACAAGGCGUGGAUGUUUGCAACGUGUCGCAGUACCUGCAGUAUGAACUUCCGGACGAAGUAUUACUUUGUAUACUAUCACAUCUCACCGAGCGCGACUUGUGCCGCGUCGCGCAGGUCUGCAAGCGGUUCAAUACGAUCGCUAACGACACCGAACUAUGGAAAAGCCUGUACCAGUCGGUGUUCGAAUUUGACACUCCAUUACUGCACCCUGCGCCUUGCCAAUUUGAAUUUGUGGCGCCCGACGAUUGUGAGGCUGACAAUCCGUGGAAAGAAAGCUUUCGUCAACUGUACUAUGGAAUACACGUGCGACCGAAUUACCGCCCCAAGAAAGACUCUCGCAUGAAACACUUUAACACUAUAAGGGCGGCUCUCGAAUAUGUUGAGGAACGCAGCGGUGGUUCGACGGCUGCGAGCAAUACAAGCACGUGCGCGUGCAGCCCCGCGGCGUGCACGUGCCGUCGUGCGUCCACAUCUGCGCCCGCUCGGCCCGCGCUCGUCUUCGUGCACGCAGGCCUCUACCAGGAGGAGUGUCUUGCUAUUGAUUCGGAUAUACAGCUUGUCGGUUGUGCCCCCGGCAACGUAGCAGAAUCAGUGGUAUUGGAGCGCGAGGCCGAAUCGACUCUCACGUUCGCCGAGGGAGCCAACCGCGCGUACGCAGGCCAUAUGACACUGAAAUUCUCACCAGAUGCGACAAGCACUAUGCAGCACCACAAGCACUACUGUCUGGAGGUCUCCGACAACUGCUCACCCACCGUUGAUCAUUGUAUUAUUCGCAGUGCUAGUGUUGUUGGUGCAGCAGUGUGCGUGUCAGGCGCUGGCGCUAACCCGGUGAUCAAACACUGCGACAUCAGCGACUGCGAAAACGUCGGCCUCUACGUCACUGAUUACGCGCAGGGCGCGUAUCAAGACAAUGAGAUAUCACGUAACGCUCUUGCCGGUAUUUGGGUGAAGAACUUUGCGAAUCCAAUUAUGCGCAGAAACCACAUUCAUCACGGCCGAGAUGUUGGAAUAUUUACAUUUGAAAAUGGACUGGGCUACUUCGAAGCAAACGAUAUUCACAAUAACCGGAUCGCGGGUUUCGAAGUAAAGGCAGGUGCCAACCCUACCGUAGUCCAUUGUGAAAUACACCACGGACAAACCGGCGGUAUCUAUGUACAUGAAUCCGGUCUAGGCCAAUUCAUAGACAAUAAGAUACACUCGAAUAACUUCGCCGGUGUAUGGAUUACGUCUAACAGUAACCCCACUAUACGACGCAAUGAAAUAUAUAACGGGCAUCAGGGGGGCGUGUAUAUAUUCGGUGAAGGGCGUGGUCUGAUUGAGCAUAAUAAUAUCUAUGGAAACGCAUUGGCUGGUAUACAGAUUCGCACAAACAGUGACCCAAUAGUGAGGCACAAUAAAAUCCACCAUGGCCAGCACGGAGGCAUCUACGUGCACGAGAAGGGCCAGGGGCUCAUAGAGGAGAACGAAGUGUACGCGAACACGCUCGCCGGCGUAUGGAUCACUACUGGCUCUACGCCCGUAUUACGACGUAAUCGUAUACAUUCGGGGAAACAGGUCGGCGUAUACUUUUAUGAUAAUGGCCAUGGAAAAUUAGAAGAUAACGAUAUAUUUAAUCACUUAUAUUCGGGGGUUCAAAUAAGGACAGGAAGUAAUCCCGUGAUACGAGGUAACAAGAUAUGGGGUGGACAAAACGGAGGCGUUUUAGUGUAUAAUGGCGGACUUGGUUUAUUGGAACAAAAUGAAAUAUUCGAUAAUGCCAUGGCCGGUGUCUGGAUUAAGACAGAUUCUAAUCCCACCUUGAAGAGGAAUAAGAUUUUCGAUGGACGCGAUGGCGGGAUAUGCAUUUUUAAUGGUGGAAAGGGUAUACUAGAAGAGAAUGACAUAUUCCGUAACGCGCAAGCUGGCGUAUUAAUAUCCACCCAGAGCCACCCUGUACUUCGGCGUAACCGCAUCUUUGAUGGCUUAGCCGCGGGAGUCGAGAUCACUAACAACGCAACUGCCACGCUGGAGCACAACCAGAUAUUCAACAAUCGGUUUGGAGGUCUGUGUUUAGCAUCGGGUGUAUCACCGCUAGUACGCGGCAACAAGAUAUUCAGCAAUCAAGACGCUGUAGAGAAAGCAGUGGGAGGCGGACAGUGCUUGUACAAGAUAUCCUCAUAUACUUCCUUCCCAAUGCACGAUUUUUAUAGAUGCCAGACUUGCAACACAACGGAUCGCAACGCCAUAUGUGUCAAUUGCAUCAAAACGUGUCAUUCCGGACACGAUGUAGAAUUUAUACGCCACGACAGAUUUUUCUGCGACUGCGGCGCGGGCACAUUAUCCAACCAAUGCCAGCUGCAAGGCGAGCCAACUCAAGACACAGACACGUUAUACGAUUCCGCUGCUCCCAUGGAGUCACACACACUUAUGGUCAACUGAGCAACUCGCUGUUAUAUUGGUCACAAUUUUGCUUCAAUACUCCUAUAGAGGCCAACUAUGGGACGCCGUUAAAUUUAAAUAAACCCUUUUCACUUUUGAAGACUACUCUGUUCACUAUUUUAGUUACUUCGUGUUUGUCGAUCUAAAGAAAAAAAUGUCAAAAGUAAAAUUGUAUCGAUUCGUGUAAUUAGUUGUCUUCUAAAAGCAAAACAAUAUGUGAUUCAAUUUACACAAAUCCCAAUACAAACGGAAAAUUGAUCUUGAGCAUUGCCUUAAUGAAACUUAGUUUAAAGUCAUCGGAAGACAGUUUCAAAAUUGGUCAUGAAAAAAUCAAAUAAUGUAUGAUAAUGAGAUAGAAUUGUAAACGUUUAUUAUUAUUGAUUUAAGUACUAGGACUUUUACCAUCACUUUAUUAAAUUUGAUCACAAUGGAAGAGAUAUUGGAGAAGGGAAAUUUCACAAAUUAAAAUUGGCUAAAUAUAUGAAAUUUUGAUCGCGCCCUUAAGCCCAGCGAAGGAAUUGAAAUGAUUCUGUGAUGUGCUCAGUUGCGAAGUUCUCAGUUGUACAUACAAUUCAUCGAUAUUCGGCCCUUCUGUUAAUAUAAUCUAAAGUAAAUUAUAAAAGCAAUUUACUAAAAUAUCACCAGGUUAAUAAUAUGAAUUUGUGAAGGAAUUUCUCUCACCAGCCUCCAUUUUUAUUUUAAACGACUUUGAAAUUUUAUACUCGACUUAGCAGAAGGGCCGAAUAAUGGAAACCUAAAUUUAAGUCAAUGAAUGUCGCUAUAGCUAUUAUUUUUAUUAGCUAAAACUAUAACACAUUUGCCGAGUCGCUGUUACACAAACGGUUGUGCCCUAGCGUUUCAUACUCUAAUUGUUAAACUAGACACGAUAUACAGGGGAAACAGAACAAUUUUCCCCUGAAAAAUAUUCAGGGGAAUAUUGUUCUCUUCUGUACGUAAUAUAAUGGUCAUUGAUUGUCGCUACGCUAUGUAAUAUGUAGGUGUUAUCAUCGGUACUUAAUUAUGUAUUUCCUCAUAGUAUCGUGCAUUUCCAAAUUGUAAUCAUACAUAAUCUCAAUCACGUUGAUAUUUAGAAUAUUUGUUUGUUUUAUAAGAUGUACUGAUAGCGAUUUAUAUAUAGGUGUACGGUAGAAUCAUGGGAGAUUUUUAUUUUAUUUUUAAUCGGAGAGUUACGUUUGUGAAAGUAUUAGCGAAUCGACCCGGUCAGGAUAGCCGGUUUUACGAAGGAUUUUCUUUUUACAUUUGACGAUAACGGGAGCAUUUAUUUUUGGCUUUCCUGACGCCGAGGUUUCUGCCGGUUUUAGUUAAUAAAAAUAUCGUAUUAGCGAGAAUGGCGCGUCGGAGCUCGAAGGCCGACGCGCCGUGCUUUGUAAAUAUUUGUCACACAAUAAUCGAAAUGUAGUUAUUAAUGUAUUUGUAUCAUUAUAUUUUUAUUAUUGAUCACAAUAUGUAUGUCUAAUUAUAACGUAUUACGUACGAUACGCUCAGACUGGCGCACGCAGCUAGUGUACAUUAGACACGAAGGAUUGUGCGCAGUUGUGAAAAGAUCUUAGGUACAAUUGUUAAUUUAAAGUAUUGAUAUGCCGCGUGCGACGGAGUGCCGGUAGCGAUAAGUUAAUCGAAUAAGCUAUGAAAAAUCUAAAUUACUCUGUAAUCACUAUUCGCAAGUUUCCAAUCGUUAAAUCGUCUCCAUAGCACGGUAUGUUCUGAAUCUGCUUUUUUAUAAUUCUCAAUCUGUGAUCAUCGCUAAAUGUUUAAGAGGAAAUAAUUUAGUUCAUCACGUACAGAAUUUAUAUGACAUUGUAAUCAAAAUUAUUGUGGCGGCUUAUUGUAAUUGAAUGUGAAAUUAUUUAUUGUCAGUAUGUUCUUAAUUUAUUUAAUAAUCCGGAUAUUAUGUUUAUUGAGAAACCACUGUAAAAGCCGUGAUAUACAUCAUAUACUAUUAUA